UUCUCACCUCUUUACGAAGAGUAAAUAUCCCGACAGCGGGUCUCACGGGGACUCCCUGCACCUGCUCGUCACAAAAUAUCGCUUCUCCCCUUUCUUUAUUCCUCAUUCAACAAGGAGAAGUCUAAUAUUAACAAAAAUGGACGCGUACCAACAGCCCCACCGGUACAUGAGGCCUCCGCCGCCGCCUCCACAGCCACCACCCACGGCGGAUCAUCAUCUUCACCACCAUCACUUCCUUCACCAACAGCAGACACAGCAAGCACCAAGACCGCCAGUCCCUACACAUGGCAACCAAUGGUACUCCAACCAAUUCCACUACCAACAUCCUUCAUCUCACUCUCCAUCUCCUCCGCCUCCUCCUCCGUCUCAGUGGGCUCCACCUCCCGCUUCUUCUUAUCCUCCACCUCCUCCUCCUUCUAUUCCUUAUCCUGCGCACCACCACCACCCCAACAUCAACAAUUACCCUCUUCCUCCUCGACCUCCCGCGCCUCUUCAGAUUUCUCAAUCUUAUCCUCAGCCCAAUCAGGAUUGGAGCAAUCCGAACUGGGGUCAUCACCAGCAAAGUUGGGAUUACACUGCCCACAGCGGUGCACAAGAUUGGGCUGCCAGGGCCAAAGAAUGGGCCAAUGCAAGGGCUGCAAUGGAGAAUCAGCAUCUGCACUCCCAGUUUACGCCAGCUUCCAGACCAGAAGAACAAAAUCAUUUCCAUGAUCAGUAUCCACAAGCUUCUGAUUUUCAUUAUGUAGAUACCCAACACCAUUCACUUCCUGCAUCUGGUUAUCAACAGUUUCCAGUGCCAGCUGCAUCUUCACAGCAGCCACCAGUGGCUUAUCAACAGGAGACUUCAUCUAUAAGUUCUGCUCCGUCUUCAUAUAUUCCUGAUGUGCAAUUACCUUACGCUGGUAGAGAUGGAUCUUCAGCUGGAGAAGCAAAUGCCGGAUUUCCUCAUCAAGAAAAUUUACAUUCCAGUCCAUCUGUUCAUCAGCAGGAGGUACCUUCUAGUUAUUCUUCUGUUACAGGUAAAGAAGAGUGUGAAGAUCAAAAGGAGCACAUUUAUAGAUCAUUUUCUAUGCCCAUUUCCUCGGCUCAGGAAGGGCAGCCCUUUGCAUUUGGGAAUCAAGCAGUUGAUCCAAUGGCGGAUCUUAGUGAUCAACCAUUAGAUUUUGCACCUAGGUUUAACCAUGAUCGUGAUAUUCAUAUGCAGUCUAGUUAUGCUGCUGCUCAUCAUGACUCAGUAGGAACGCUAAGAGGUGUUGACCCUGCUGCAGCAGUGGCUUCUGUUAAUUCAUGGAAUCCCCCUGUUGCAUCUGGUGUAGGUUAUCCUCCAAUUCCACCUGCUCUUCAGUCAGGGCCACAGCAUGAUCCUUCCAUUGCCAUACCUUCAGUUCCUGGACCUGUUGCACCUCAAUUUGGAAGGUUUCCGGGACCGGGAUUCCAGCCAGCAAUUGCGUCUGCCAGUGCUUUUGGCCUUGGUGCAGGAGCUGCACUUCAUCCCUCAACAGCUUUCCCAGGUGAUGCAUAUGGGGUUUCUAGUGUUUCUGAACGUCCUAAAAAGGCUCCUGUGCCUAACUGGCUUAAAGAGGAAAUAAUUAAGAAUAAAGCUGCCAUCACAAAGUCAUCUCUAGAGAAUCCAAAAGGGGAAUCAGAAUCCAUUGACGAUGAAUCUGCUCCUAGAUCAUCUGGGAAAGGUGAUCAGGCAGAGAGCAAAAGCCUUGAUUCUUCUAAAUCAACUGAAGAAGAGGAUGAUGAUGAGGAUUACGUGGAAGCAGCUAGAACUGCAGCGAUUAACCAGGAAAUUAAACGCAUCCUAACUGAAGUUCUUUUAAAGGUUACUGAUGAGCUCUUUGAUGAAAUUGCGACUAAAGUUCUAAUGGAAGAUGAUCUUACAAUUGAAGUUGAGCACAACAAUAUUUUACCGAAUCAUAAGGUCUCACCACGUCCUCCAGCUGUUCCAACGACUAAGGCAUCUGCAAUGGUACUAGUUCCAGUCAAAGCCAGGGAAUUUGAGACUGAAGAAACCAGUGAAAAAACUAGUUCCAGCUCCCCUGGAGAUGUUUUAGGUCUUGCAAAUUAUGCCUCUGAUGAUGAUGCUGGAGAUGAUGAAAUUCAGAAUUCCAGUAUGCCAAACUCUAGAAAUUAUGCUGUUCAGCAGUCAAGCACAAAUAAGCUUUCAGAAGAGGUUCGUAAUGCAGCUGAAAAUGGUUUACCUGUGGUACUUGAGGAGCAUAAUCGAGGUCAGAAAAAUUUGGAGUCUGAUCCAAGAAAAAGUAACGCAUCUACAUCCAGAAAUAACAACAAUGGUGCAAGAGAUAGGGAUAAUGAAAACAGUGUUGAUAGUGGAAAAUUGCUGGAUGGAAAUAAUGGUUUUGGGUUGAAUAUUACGUCAGGAGAAAAGAUUGGAAUGAAAACAAAAUCUGAACUACCUGGUGUGGAAAGAUCAACGAAUGAUAAUUCUCAAAAUACUGAAAACAGAUUGAGAUCAGUUAAAAAUGAUCGACAUGAAAGUAAAAAGAGUUCUAGAAAAGAUAGUGGUAAGGAAAUAGAGAUUGGUGGUGGGGCAGGUGAGAAGGGAGCUGAAAAUCGUAGGAGGGAGGAUGAAAGACAUUUAAGAAAGGAAAAGACAGAUGAUCGGAAUGGUUCAAGAGAUAAAAGGAAAGAUUAUGAUGUUAGGCCUGAGGAAAAAUCUAAGGAAUCCAAGUCAAGAAAAAGAUCCACUCAUGUUGAUGUCAAGGAGGAUAGAAGACACACAGAGAAACACCAUAGAUCUAGUUCCAAAUAAGUUAUUGAUAAAGAACAUAAACAGUCAAAGGAGGAGGAUUCAUCAAGACAUAAAUUUACUAGUGACUCAAGCAAGCAUAAGGGAAGGCGCUCCUCUUCAGUUAGCAGUAAGGGUAGAAACAGCAAGGACAACUCAGUCGGUCAGGCCAAUGAGUCAAGCGAUGACACGUCAGAUGACUCUAAAAGGAAGCCACGUUCAAGAAAACGUAAUUUGUCUCCAUCGCCUGACAGGUCUAGGAGAAGACAAGUUAUGCGGUCACCACAUAGCAAGCACUCUCAGCGCAGGCAUUCUCCCUAUUCUUCUCUUGAGACGACCAGGUAUGUUGCCACAUUGUCUUAAGAUUAAGAUUGUGUUAAUGUUUAUAAGACAUACACAACCAUCAUUAUAACAAUAUACAACUCAGGUGAAAGUAGCAGGAUGCCAAAUAUUUGACUUGUAUUUUUUUUUUUUUUUUUUCUUGGUUACAAACUCAAAAUUUUUCUUGAUUUAUUAACUCUACUGUUUUGGCAGGGGAAGGUCAAGAUCCAGAUCUCCUGUGCGGAGGCAGAGAUGAUUAGAGGUUAUAUUUUCUUAGUGUUGAUCUGAACUCUCAAGCACAAAGAAUUCUGGUCUGGUUUUUCCGAAGAUUUGAUGUACCUGAAACUGGAGAUUUUGCUUAUGAAUCUAUUGCAUACUCGAUGACCCUGAUAUGAAAUUAAUGCAUGCUAAAGGAAGUUUAAGUCCUGUUCAAUUUGGUACGGGAAUUUUAUCUGAGGUAAUUCUAUAUGUCUUUAGAUGAUGCAUAUAUCCUUGUACAAUGCCUUGCCCAGUUUUAAUAGAGAUUUGUAUCUCAGUUUUUUGGCUUA